GCGCUCCGCAGCCCAAAUGUACGUGCGUGCGGGAUCACACAUUAAUCGACUAUUAAUUAUUAUUGUGCUACAGUGACAUUAAUUGCACUUGUUGAUCGGUGGUCGCGUUUGUGAUUUUUUGCGUCCGACUAAGAGUGCUCCGUGGAGUUUCUCUCAUUAACCUGAACAACAAUGCAAAUCAGUGCGAGUUAGUGUAGUGUGGGACACUUUGCAGUGAGUGAUGACGUCAUGAUGUAACAGUGGUUCGGUACAAUGUGGUCGGUCAAGUGGCGGCUGAUGCUGAUGCUGGCGGCGGUCUGGGCGCAAGAGGGCGAGUGGAGCGAGGAUGCUGAGGACUUGGUGUCGACAGUGGACGUUGACGCGGUGCUUGGGCGCACGGCGUCGCUGCCGUGUGACGUCACGCCCGACACGAACGAGGACCGUGUUUACAUGGUGCUCUGGUUCCGCGCCGGGAAGGCCACCGGAGGGAAACCCAUAUACAGUUUCGACGUUCGGGGCCGGUCGUUCAACAAGGCGCUGCAGUGGUCGGACCCCAACGCGUUUGGUCCGCGGGCCUACUUUGCGACCGUGGCCCGGCCGGCUUCUCUGACCCUGGACACGGUGCAGUUGGAUGAUGAGGGCGUGUACCGGUGUAGAGUCGACUUCAAGAACUCGCCGACCAGAAACUUCCAGAUCCGCCUCGCUGUUAUUGUGCCACCACACCAGCUUAUCCUGUACGACAAGUCGGGACGGGACGUGUCUGGAGUAGUCGGCCCUUUAGAAGAGGGAAACGAGCUGGUGCUGGUCUGCGAAGUCAGAGGAGGUCGUCCAGCACCAACAGUGAUGUGGCUCAUAAACGGGACCCCAGCGUCCCAGUACAUCGGUGAGAAGACUGACACCCACGUCGUGGUCAACCGGCUGGAGUUGCCACACGUGAAAAGAAGCCAUUUGAACACUACCUUCAAGUGUAGAGCCUCAAACACUAAUCUAGUCAGCCCGCAGGAGAAGACUGUUAGGCUGGAAAUGAAUUUAAGACCAACCCUAGUAGAAAUAUUAAACAAACCAGCAACACUAUCUUCAGAGAGGUACAUCAGCCUCACGUGCGUCUCCGAAGGCAGUAGACCACCAGCUCAGCUCACGUGGUACAAAGAAAACAGAAAAUUUAAGAGGGGAAAGAUAACCGAAAGCAUGAACGAGACGUGGGUGAGCAGCAACCUCCAGUUCAUGCCUCUGCCGGAGGACGACGGCGUGCAAGUCAAGUGCCAAGCCGACAACAGCGCGCUGCCCGGGCAGAGCAUUGAGGAUGCCUUCAAGCUGGACGUUGUGUAUCCGCCGGUGGUGUCACUGUCCCUCGGCAGCACGCUCAACCCCCACGACAUCAAGGAGGGCGAUGACGUGUACUUCGAGUGCUCGGUCCGCGCCAACCCCAGGGAACACCGCAUCUCCUGGUACCAUAACGACAAGCCAGUUCUCCACAACGUGGUGGCAGGCAUCAUCGUCAGCACGAAGUCCCUGGUGCUACAGAAGGUGACAAGAGACCACGGAGGAGAGUACUCCUGCAGGGCCACCAACGCGCUGGGAGAGACUGCCAGUGAAACCACGCAUCUGAGCAUACAGUAUGCCCCAGUGUGCGCCCACAUAUCGCCACAAGUCCUCGGCGCACAGAUAGAAGAAGCGCUACGCGUGCGCUGCUCUGUAACUGCCAACCCGCCUGAUGUGACGUUUUUCUGGCAGUUCAAUAAUAGCGGGGAGAGCCUGGACGUCUCUCCUACGAAGUUUGGUACCGCAAACGGCAGCACCAGUGAGCUGAGCUACAAACCGCAGAGCGAGCGAGACUACGGCACUCUGAGCUGCCGAGGGACCAACUCGGUGGGCCGACAACUGGAGCCUUGCGUCUUCCAGAUUGUUCCAGCAGCCAGGCCAACAGCUCCCCGGAACUGCUCCCUCCAAGCGGGCAACAACAGCAUAGAGGGCGCUGGUUGGCUGCGCGUGCGCUGCGUGGCUGGCUACGACGGCGGUCUUCCGCAGACGUUCAUACUGGAGGCGCUGGAUCCCAUCACUGGGAUGACGCGCUUCAACGGAAGUGUCAAUGAUACGGCUCCCCGCAACUGCUCCCUCCAAGCGAGAAACAACAGUAUAGAGGGCGCUGGUUGGCUGCGCGUGCGCUGCGUGGCUGGCUACGACGGCGGUCUUCCGCAGACGUUCAUACUUGAGGCGCUGGAUCCCAUCACUGGGAAGACGCGCUUCAACGGGAGUGUCAAUGAUACGGAUGGCGUAGCCACCUUCAAACUGGAUCUGGCUCAGCUGUCAUCGGUGGGAGACGGAGACAGUACCACUUUCAACCUGCUCAUCUACGCCAGGAAUCUUAAAGGAGAAUCUGAGAAGACACUGCUCGAGAAUAUUGCUUUCAAUGAUGCUGCUAGAAGAACAGACGGCAAAGGUGCCAUUGGUGGCAUCACCCUGGGUGUGGUUGUAGCAGCGAUCCUUGGGGCAGUUCUUGCAGCAGGGGGCAUUGCCUUGGCAGCACUUUGUGCAAGAAGACGACGCUCCCAGCCGCCACACAAACACCCCCCAGGGGAUAUGCUGGAGCUGAGCGAUGGGGGGAGAAGAUACGUGGUGGCCUACACCAUCAAACCCUCGCCCGAUUUGAAAACGCCGGAUCCUCAGCCUGAUAUACUGAAUGCACCAGAUGCUGACAAUCAAACGGUACAGCCAUUGUCUGUAGAAGCUGAAGAGUGGCCUAGUAUAAAAGAAGUAAGAGGAGACUGGACUAAAACUGGAGCAGUAUUUUCAGCGGAAGAUUUAGCUCUACUUGACUCUACUGGACGGCCUCAACAGCUCACACCAGGCAGUGACAUAGAGCCAAGCAGUAGGCAAGAAGACGUUCUGAAUCAGAAUAUGAACACCCUAGGAAAUAAUUUUAGGCCUAACUACGCUAUGAGCAACAGCCCCACAUUAGGCAGUCCCAAUUUUGUCUGUCCCAAUGGUAAUGUAGGGACUUUUGGGAGUCAGAACCUAACACUAAGUGGACCCACGUUAAGUUCUGGGAGUAUUGCAACUUCUACGCUACACAGAACUAAGGGUAAAGGUAAUGCUAGAAGAAGAGAGCAUGUUCUUGCAGAAAAUUUACCAGGACCUGAAAGUUGUGUGUGAAAAUUACACUCGCCCAAUUCCUUUGCAACAGGAUAACUAAAAAGAUGUUCCGAUGUACAUUUUUGUAUGCGCCUAGCGAAUUUUUUAAACAAUUUUACAAAAAAGAGGUCCACAGUUAUAGGAGUAUGGACUUAAGAACAAUUACUGCUUAAUAAUGAUUAAUGAGAUAAAUUCUUUAUAAAAUACAACAUAAUAUUAAUGUUGUGUAUCUUGGAUUGUAUUUCCCGCCUUUGUGUAUGACAUCAGUAACCGUGAUAGAAUAAUUUUAGUAAUUAUUAUUAUUAAAUCUACGAAUCUUGAUUUGUCGGUCUAAUCUUUGCUCAAAAGACUGUAAAUAUUUUAUAGGGAAUCGUAUUUUUUCAAAGAGUGUCCAGUCUCAUAAAUAAAUUAUUAUUUCAGCUAACCAAAACUGCUAGAGUGGCGCUCUUGUCUCAAUAGUAAAUUGUAAAUGUACUUUGUAAAUUGUAUGCGAAGCUUUGUAGAAAUUCCUAUUUGUUUUUAAAAAAAAUCGGUUGUGUAAUUGUACAUAUAAAUAGAUCUAUAACCAAAGAUGUAUAGUUGGUCGUAAGAUGGUAGUGUAAGGCUUUUGUUUUCUUUGUUUAUGUGGAAGAAUGUAUAGGUCAUGUAAAUACUCAUUACUAUAAAUGUGUAGGAGACAAUUUUAGAAACACACAUUGAUGUAUUAUGGCGUCGGC